AAAAUAGCACGCUAUCUAUCAGUGAUAUUUAAUUUUUGAUUUGCAACUGCACGUGCGUCUGCCAAAAACACAAAAGUGACGUUUUGUGAACCAAGUUAACCACAGAUUAAGAACCAAUUUUUGGCAAACCAAUUCAAUUCCAUAUCUAACUCAAUUCCACAUCCAAAACUAAAUUGAUUUUUCUUGGCAAACAUAACUGAGCCUAUUUCGUCAGCGCACAAAAAUAGCUGCAGGAAACCAAUUUGAAAGACUUUAAAACUUGAUCAUCGUUUGGCUAAAUUGGCGGCUGAGAGAAUCAUGGCUGGAUUUUUCAACCUGACUCAACUGGGAUUCCAGAAUACAGUGAGGGAGAGGUGCAAAGAUGUGAAGGAGGACGCCAAAGUAGACCAGGGCCAGCUGAGUAUCAAGUACAGCAGUGGUCUGCCUGCAGUGGCCAUCACCCCCGCCAAUGAAAAGGUGAAGCCCACUCUGGAAAUACACCACGGAUCCAAACAGACAUACGACAAAAUGAGGAGCGAAGUCAGUCCGUUCGACCCCAAUGACAUGUACAAGGAACCGCAGAGUGUGGCGAUGGAGCACGGAUGGAAGACGGAACAGGUGCCCCUGGAAUCUAUCCAGCCCCCCAACUGGUACAAGGGGCCACACUUCCCUUCGGUGGAGAGCGAAAUGACCAAGUUUGUGAAGGAUAUGAAACUCACGGACAAGAACUUCACUCUUUACUGACCAAGUAUGACCCCGGCUGUCUCCAGUAUGUCUGACUCCGAAUCACAGCCCCUGCUCCCCUUUUCGUCUACCCUGUGCACUGAUUAACUUCUCUCCCCCUCCCGCCGAUAUUUAAAGUGACGCAGAGUGUGUUACAAGCUGAGGUUGAAAAGAUUAGAUUGAUUUGCAAAUUUAGAAAAAUGUAUUGCUGUAAAUUUGGACUGAAAUUACUUCUUCUUCUUG